UCUUUUGAAUAAUACUUUUCUUUUUAUAGUGCCUAAUCCUUGUGCUCCUAAUAAUGGAAAUUGCUCUCAUCUCUGCUUGUUGAAUGUAAAUGGCACUUAUAAAUGUGACUGCCCCCAUGUAAUGCGUUUGGGAGAAGAUGGAAAAACUUGUAUGGAAAAUGAACAGGUGUUGUUGUUCUCAAGAACUAGUGAAAUUCGAGGUGUUGAUCUAAGCAUGCCAUAUUAUCAUACAAUUCCAACAAUUAGUGUGCCUCAAGUGUUGGCACCAUCUCAGUUAGAUUUUGUUGUUGCAAAUCGCAGUAUUUAUUGGACUGACAUUCAGACUCAUGAAGUGAAACGAUCUGGAUUAGUUGGAGGACCAACACAGACUAUUAUCGAUAAAGGU